UGCUACUUGCCAAAGCUGAAAAAAAAAUGUCUCGCAUCUCGUAAACUCGUCUGUCGUAACGUUCCUCUAUUUUAUUAUUUUAUUUACAAUAAUCAGUAACUAUAAGUAUUAAUAUUUAAAAAUAACAUUCCUCAAUAAUUAAUAAACAAUUAAUUUAUUUAAUAAUAAUAAUAAUUAAUUUUAUAUUCAUACUAAACAAUAAACAGCCGGGGCGUAUCCCGAAUUUCUUAAUCGAUUUUCGAUCGCAAUUAUUUCAAAGAUUUUUUUUUUGUAUAUAAUUAAAAUAUUUUCUUACAAGUUUUAAAUUUACGCUUUAUUCAAAUCGAAAAUUUGGUAAAAAAAUUAACACUCGUGGAAGAGGUAAAAUAAUAAAAAGUGAGUGAAUAAAAAUUUAAACAAAGGGUUGAGCAAUAGUUCAAUAAAAUGCAUAUAAUUAAAUUUAUUAAUAAUGAUAAUGAUAAUAAUGAUAUAAAAAAUAAGUGAGUGGGUUACAUGGUCGUAAGUUGUAGCGACAAGUCGUUAAAAAAUAUAUAAACUUGUAUAGAUAAGUAAAAUAUAUUAAAUUACGUAGCCAAUGUGUGACUCAGCAGACUCUUAUGUGCAAAAGCUCAAUUAUCUCCAUCUGAAUGACGAUGGAGACCGAGUUCCUGCUGGCGGAGGAGCUAUUGGAGUACCUGGACACAUUGGGGGCUCUAAGCCCGAAGCUCAAGUCCCGGUGUCUGGUGAUCAGGUGAAGCAUCAUCACUAUUUGCAGCAGCACUACCAGCAGCAACAGCAGCAACUUCAUCAUCAGCAGCAGUACCAGCAGUAUUCGAGGUCCAACAGAUCGCUGAGUGCGAUCGAUAAUUACAUUGACGAGCACACGCAGUCUUACGACCGCGAUGGGAGAUAUCCGGCGUCUAAGUCAAUAGACGAGGACAGGAACCCGGUGUAUGAGAACAUCGAGUACUAUCCUGGGCCGACCCAUCCUCCGUACUAUCAUUCCUUGGAGAAGAAAAGUCCGAAAGGGAGUCCGAGGACUUCGUUGGCUGGUGACUGCUACCUGGAGGCUUCAUUCAGAAAAGCUCAGCCCCAGGUACCCACGGGUAAUAAAUACACGAUAUCGCCGGCCAAGGAACUGCCCCCUUACGAAGCGCCACCGGUUUAUGAAAACAUACAGGAAAUAAAUUAUCACGAUGACGGACAAAGUAAACCGGGACCUCAGGUUCCUAGUUUUUACCCGGCUAGUAUUAAUGGCGGGGAUUACGUCGUAAUGACUGGCAAAGUACAACGUCCGAUUCGUGCGCCGUCUUACGAAGUGCCCUCCCUGAAUCCGCGGUACUCAACAUCAUCGUCGUCAUCUGGGGACUUGCAGGCGAGAGGAAGUGCGUACGUCCCGCCCUCGGAGCUGCAACCGCAACCUCAGCAGCAGCUCCAGCAGCCACAAAAUCCACGGAUGAAUCCGUACAAUGAUUCAUCGCCGCGUCAUGCUGAGACUCAUUACACGCGCAUGAGUAAUGAGCAUAUAGGAGGAGGAAGUGGGGUAGGAUCUGGAGUAGGAGCUGCAGGAUCUUACAGGUCGUUGAGCCAAGUUACUGAUCCAGGACAAUAUCGUAGUGAGAAUGGACAGUUUAAGUAUCCUAGUGAACCCAGACACUCACCUGUUUACGGGACGAGAUCCACGGACGCGCGUCUGCCAAGUUACACUCCAGCAAACCCACGUAAUAUCAUGCCGACGACUUGGAAUACUGGUGAGAGGUACAAUAGUUCGCCUAGUCGCGAGUAUCCAUCGCGGACGCCAGUUUAUUCACCGAAUCGCUCAAUAGAUAAGACAAAUGAAGGACAUGAGUCACCGUCGUCUAAUCGAAGCUCGCCUUUGUACGCGAUUCCUCAUGCUGGACGUGACCAGGCGAGAACAAGAGACCCAGUUGUUGGACCAGCCUCCAGUCAACCUGGACAGGCUGCUAGUGGCUCUAUCGUGAGUUCCGGUUCAGGUUUGAAGCAUCCGAGUAGUCCAGUUCAUCCUCCCCCGAGUCCCAAAGGACUUCAGGCUUCACAUCAUCCAGUUUCGCUGCCUCCGAGUGCUCCAGUGACAUCCAGACCUGCUGCUCAUUACCCGCCUAGUCCAGUAAGAGGCCAAGUCCAGCCUCCAGUCACCAGCGCCACUGUUCCAAUUGAUGAUUUGGCAUCAGCUGUACCCCGCAUCACAAGUUUGCCACCCGGAGUCACCAGUGGGGUCGCCGGACCGGUUUUCCUCAACGCAGGAGUUCCCGUUCUCCAAAAACCACCCGCUGAGUUUAACACACCGGCACUUGACAAGCGUCCAGUACCUUCUCCGAGCCCGACGACCAAAACUAUUCAAGGAAAGGGUUUGCUGCCUUACAGCGUCACUCCUGCGAGACCUUCGGGACCCACUGAAGCCGAGAGAAAAAUAGAGGAACUCACGCGGCAGCUAGAAGAGGAAAUGGAGAAGCAGGAAGAGGAGGGAGAGUACUUCGGAAUCUGUCAUACCUGCGGAGAAAAAGUUACUGGCGCCGGUCAGGCUUGUCAGGCCAUGGGAAAUCUUUAUCACACCAAUUGCUUCAUUUGCUGCUCCUGUGGUAGAGCUUUGAGAGGCAAAGCUUUUUAUAACGUCCACGGAAAAGUUUACUGUGAAGAAGAUUACUUGUACUCGGGAUUCCAACAAACGGCCGAGAAGUGCGCGAUCUGCGGUCACUUGAUAAUGGAAAUGAUAUUACAAGCAAUGGGCAAGUCCUACCACCCAGGCUGCUUCAGAUGCUGCGUUUGCAACGAAUGCCUCGACGGCGUUCCCUUCACCGUCGACGUCGACAACAAAAUAUACUGCGUCAAUGAUUAUCACCGGAUGUUUGCGCCCAAGUGCGCGUCCUGCGGCAAAGGGAUAACUCCUGUCGAAGGAACGGAAGAAACAGUACGAGUGGUGUCCAUGGAUCGAGAUUUUCACGUCGAUUGUUACAUAUGCGAAGACUGUGGCAUGCAAUUGACCGAUGAACCGGACAAACGUUGUUAUCCAUUAGACGGACGGCUAAUGUGCCGAGCGUGUCAUAUCGAACGUAUAUCACUCACUCAACCACGUGCUCCGCAACCUGUUUCUGCAAGUUAUCAAUAUAUGGGUUAAAAACAAAUCCACUUUAGUUUCUUUAAAUAUUUAGUUACACUGCUUACGAUAAUUAAUUAUUGAUCACUCAGAUGAUUAAUGGUAAGAACAAAACUCAAAGAGCAAUUUUUUUUUCUACAUUAAUGUUAAAUAUUUAUUUUAAAUUUAUUUAUUGAUUUGCUGUUUAUUUUUUUUAUCUAUCGAGAGCUUGUUGCGGAGACAGCUGUGAUAUAUUUUUUUUGUUAAUUCUUUAGCGUAAUUAAUUAAUUCAUUUUUUUUUAUAAAAUAACUGAUUAGUAGGGUCGAAAAAUUUGCUCUAUUUUUUUUUUCUUUAAAAGAAAAAUUUUUCUAGGUCUCUUUAGUUGGUCAGGUCCCGGGCCUAAAAAAAUCUAAGUGAUAAAAAAUUGUCUUUAUAAUUAUGAAAAUUUUACGUGAAAAAAAUUUCUAUGGGUAAUUUUAGUUGGUGUCUGUCUCGGGCCUGAAAAAAAAUUAAAAUGAUGAAAAUUUGUCUUUAUAAAUAUGAAAAUUUUGCGUGAAAAAAAUUUUUAUGGGUAAUUUUGGUUGGUAUCUAUCCCGGGCCUGAAAAAAAAUCUAAGUGAUGAAAAUUCGUCUUUAUAAUUAUGAAAAUUUUACGUAAAAAAAAUUUCUAUGGGUAAUUUUAGUUGGAAUCUGUCCCGGACCUGAAGAAAUUUUAAAUUUUGAAUGAUCAAUCAACAGAACCUGAUAAAAAUUUGUCUUUGAAGUACGAAAUUUUGCGUGGAAAAUUUUUUAUUAAUUACUUUAGUUGGUACCUGACCGGAAACUGAAGGCCUGGAAAAAAAAUGUUAAAUAAUAAAAAUUUGUCUUACAAUUAUGAAAAUUUUAUUUGAAAAAAAAGUUAAUGGCCUUACUAAUUAGUUAGUUAAUAAAUUUAAAAUAAAAUAUUUGAUAUAUUAAAGCAAAUAUGAUAAUUGCAAUAAGUGAAAUUAAGAACAAAUGACAUAAUUAUUAGCACCAAUAAUGACAUUAUUUAUAAUUGUGUACAAACACGAUAUACCAUUAACUAGUUAAAUACUUAAAUAUAUAAUUAGUAACUAGUAACUGAAAUAUUAAUAAUAAUAAUAAUGAAUUAGCGCAUAAUAGUGGCUUUAAAUAAAGUAAUUAAAAUAAAUAAUAAGACUGAUAUUAAACAUAUUCACAUAUUUUAUUAAUUAAUAAUUAUUUUUUUUACAUUUAUACGUUUUCACUUAUUUACGUUAUACUUAAAUUUACACAUAAAUAAAUAUAACAUUAAUAAUUAAAUUUUAUUAAUGACUUUCUCUUUAUCGUUUUGCGUCAACUUUGGAAUUGAUUGCGUCAGUACUUUUUUUGAGCGCGUUCCUGCACUUGCUUGAUGACGUUGCCUGCAAAAAAUUUAACAAUUAGAUUAUUAAUUAAAUUAUAAUUACUAACUAUGUACUAAUGAGAUUAAUUGUCAAACUAAACGCAUGAAAAAUAUUUAAAACAAAUUAAUUAAUAAAUGUUACAACAAAAACACAUAAUAGCUAAUUUUUCAUUGACCUAUUAGAUGGCUUACGAAUAUUCUGCGUUGAUUGCAUGGAAAAAGAAUAAUAAUACAAGAUUAAUUACAUUUGUCCUUUUAAUUCGAUGAUUUUAUUAUUGAUUUUUUAAUAAUAAGUACCUCUGAUGACGGUCGUUUGAAUUUUAAAUAU